AUGGCCGAAGCUGAAGAAAAGGUUGUAAUGACCCCAAAGUGCAAGACAGCUAAUUCUACUACUUUGGUAAUUGAAAGAAAGUCUGUGGAACCAGAGGCAAGCGAUAAAAUCCAUGUUGCUGGCGGGGACCAUACAGGAAUUAUAAUAAAUAAAGAAAAAACUUAUGAAAAUGGAGUAACAGAGCCAUGUCACGCCCAACUGGAAUUUUACGUAUAUUUGGUAUCAGGUGCAACCGGGACUCACACAAGAGAAGCACGUGGCUUGCGAUUUUGGUUCAAACCCCAUAUGCCUCCGAAUGAACGACCACAUGAGGCUCAGGCAUUUUUCCGGGAGCUUGUCAGCCCUCAAGACUUCCCUAAAGAUUAUGUUGGUUACAUAAAAAAGAUAAUGAAACUAAUGCAACACAAAUAUCAACAACUCAAACUACUAGAAGUUGAACUUCGACAAGAAGGAUGUGGACCACCUUUACCUGCUUACAUAGAAGAUAGCGUGACAAAUCAAAUCCCGGUUAUAUCAGAGCAGAGAGUGCUGGACAUGAUUGAAAAUGCAUACCCGAAUCCUCUCACGGUGGACGAUUUUGUCACCGCUGGUCAAUGGUCUAAAGCAGAGGUGAAAGACGCUUUAGAAGCAUUAGAAGAAAAGGGACUGACGCGAGCCAUGUCAGAAGGCCUGUAUGUUCGUCAGCACAGUAUUGAUACACAGGUAGUGAAACAAAUGCCGACUUUGCACUCGUCACGUCAACCAAGCAUAGCCGUGAUAACAGCGUUGUACUGCGAGAAGCAAGCGGUUGAUGCCAUGAUGGACAAUCAAGAGACUUAUGUGCGAUACACGACUGUUGUUGGUAAAAUGCAGGCAUAUCAACAAAGAUAUGCAGAGAUUACUCUUUUAUAA